AUAACUGCGAAACAGUUUGUUGAUUUGAAACAAUCUUAAUAUAUAUUACUAAUGCCACCCUUUGAAAAAUUAUCACCGUCGUUGACGAAUUCACCAAGUUCUUUGGACGAUAAAAUGGAGAAAAUAUCAUCAACAAAAACAACAAUCAGACGUAUAUCAGAAGAUGGACGACCUAAACGAGAAAUUCAUCCACCUCCUUCAAAAGAUUAUCCGGAAACAUGGACCAAGAAACCCGAUCCUCGUACUAAUACUGCUGAACUCAAGUUUUGUGGACAAACUAUCAAAGAAUUGAAAAAGUCAAAACACAAGGCUAUUAGUUAUCCAUUCUUAGCUCCUGUUGAUUAUAUAGCUUUGAAUAUUCCUGAUUACCCAACUAUUGUCAAACAACCUAUGGAUCUGUCUACGAUUGAACAAAAAUGGCACCAAGGCGACUAUAUUGAUGCUGAUCAGUUUGAAAAGGAUAUUCGUCUCAUGUUCAACAAUUGUUAUCUUUACAACCCUCCAACAUUACCUGUUUAUCAAAUGGCUCGCACUUUGGAAAAAAUUUUUGAUGAUAAAUGGCAACACAAACCCUGUCCUCCAACUUUACCACCAACUCCUCCACCUUCUUCUCUUACUACUACUACUACUACUACUACUACUACUACUACUACCGUUUCUUCUUCUUCUUCUUCUUCUUCGGCUUCAACAAAAUCAAAAAAGUCGGUUACUCGUCGUUCUGUUUCUGCAUCAUCGGAUACGGAUGAAGAUGGAGGAAAAGAAGAAAGACGAAUUACUGAAUUGGAACGACAUAUCGCUAAUAUUGCUGAACAAUUACAAACCAUGAAAUCAGAUGGUACCAAUAAUAACAACCAAAAACAACGGCAACGAUCAAAAAAGAAGGUCAACACAGGCAAUAAACGAAAACGAGUAGAAUCCAAGCCAAUAAGUUUGAAACGACAAAGUUCUUCAGCAUUACCAGAAUUCACAUUCCAGCAAAAAUCUGAUCUUAGUGAAAGGAUAAACAAUUUAACAGGGGAUAAAUUGACUACUGUGGUUCAGAUCAUUCAAUCUUCAAUGCCAAAUCUAGAUGGGGGACAAGAUGAAAUUGUAUUGGAUAUUGAUUUAUUGGAUCGAAAAACCUUACAUCAAUUGCAUGAAUUUGUCACUGGAAAACGAUUAACUGCACGACCAUCAACAACACGUAAGCGAUACUCUGAAGCAGAUUCGAACCGAAAGAUCAAAGAAUUAGAACAAAAAUUGAAAAAAUUUGAAGCAAAUGAAAUGUCUAGUAGUGAUAGCGGAACAUCUUCGGGAUCAGAAACGGAUUCUAGUGACUCUGACUGAAAGAAAACUCAAGAUAAACAUGGAACAAAAAAAAAAAAAAAAAUGCAUGAUACCAUUAUUAUUAGUUUCUUAUUUCUUAUCAUAAUUGUCUAGUAUUCUUAUCUUUUUUUUUUUUAUGCUUGUAUCUCUGUUUCUAUUCUUUGGUAUUUGAUCAUCAUUAUCUUUCAUUAUUAUUAUGUUUAUCAUUGUCAUUAUCACCAUUGUGAAUAAAAAAAAAAAACAUUUAUAUAGGCUAAUA